AUGAAAUGUAUUUGCCAAUCAUAUGAGCUACAAACUAUUAGGACCUAUAAUAAGGCUUUGGCCGAAAUUGCUCGAAGAAACUCGUCCAAAGGAGUAAAAUUAAAUUGGGUAUUCAACAACUUGCCAAACUUUCAUGUCUGUGCACCAGAACUUCCGCCAUGUCUUGCGCACGAUUUAUUUGAAGGUGUUAUAAGUUACGAUUUAAAAUUAAUCCUUGAUAAAUUGUUUAAAGAAAAAUGGUUCACCCUUCAAGAACUGAAUGCUUCAAUCCAGUCUUUUGGAUAUUCGAAAGAAGAGAAAGCCGACAAGACUUGUCCAGUCAGUGAUGAUGCAGCAAAAAUUAGUGGUGGUGCUUGGCAAAUCUGGACAUUUUUACGAUUAUUACCCAUUUUGAUUGAGGAUAAAGUUCAAGAUAUCGAAAAUGAAGCAUGGCAUUUAAUUCUGUUAAUAACAGAAAUCGUAGAAAUUGUCUGCUUAUCGGAAAUUCCUACAUUUCAACUGCCAUACUUGGAAAGAAUUAUUUGUGAGUACUUGUUAACCAGACAGACUUUAUUUUCUGAAAGUCUGAGACCGAAACGUCACUACCUCAGGCACUAUUCGCAACUGAUUUUGGUGAUUUUGGAAUUCGGCCCAUUGAUGAAAGUAUGUACCAUGCGUUUUGAAAGUAGACAUACAUUUUUCAAACGUGAUAUACGUUUCUUGCAUAAUUUCAUUAACGUGCCUGAAUCUUUGGCUGAGAAACAUGAACUCUUUCAAAGUUUACUUCGCUUAGGAGCCGACCUCAGGUUUGAUGCGGAAGUAUUUGAAGCAACGAAUUUUAAAAUACACAUGUAUGAUGAAAAAAUACAAUCUGCUGUGCGAAAAGCUAACUUUCCAAACAAUGUACAGGAGUGCAGCAGAGUUAUUGUGAAAGGAACAGAGUAUAAAAAGGGAAAUGCUUUAGUUCUACGUCAAAGUGGAUAUCAGUAUGAUACAGUGAUAGGAAAGAUAUGCAUGUUCCUUUGCGAUGAUGAGCAAGAUAUAUAUGCAAUUUUUGAAAUUGUGCAAAGUGUGUUCUGGCCAUACUUACGAGCUUAUGAACUUGGAAAAAUUAAAUCGUAUGAAUGCUUGCCUUUACAGUACGUGGUAAGUUAUAAACCCAUGCACGAAUACAAUGUUGGAACCAUGUUAUGCAUAAAACCACAUCACGGAUUCCUUGCGAAGAGUUCAACACUAGAUUGA